AUGGUCAGAGAACCUCAGACAUUUCAACAUGUGAUUGACGCAGCAGCCACCCACGGCAAAAUAUCACCCCGCCCUUCGAGUGCACAAAGGUAUGACGGCAUACAUGAGAACAAGGAGAGGGCAGAGUUGCGCGCGUAUUUCCGGGUGACACUGCACCGGAUCAAUCCGGCUCUGUUUAAGGCGUAUUGGGUAGGUGUCGAGAUGCGCGCUAUUCGACUCGCACUCGCAGCGCCCUAUCCGAGCAACACGGAAAUCUGGCUCGAAAACUAUAGCAAAUUCACCUCGACCGCAGCUCGUGAGGGCAAGUGGUGGCGCGUGAACAACUUGGAAGUUAUGACCCCCAAGGAGCUGGAGGGCUGGGGCGCUCAGGAAUGGAAGACGGUUCAGAGGGAACUCUUGGAAGAACGUUAUGGGCAGACAACCGCUGAACAUACAGCCUGA